AUGGUGGUCUCUAAGUUUGCAACUUCUCAAGUAUGUCUUUUAGCGCAAAAGUCCUACAUUUUAAAAGCGAUCAGGUCUACGAGUGUGAGAAAUGCUAUCAAAAUAUGGAGAUCGCGAGCGGCUUCUCCAUCGUCUUUUUUGAAAGUGGGGCGCCUUUCUGGAGUGUGUCUUAGUGCAUGGUGCAUUCCAUUUUUGAGAAUCACAGAAUGUAGAAGUAAAGUGGAGCUAAGCAGACGGGCGGACCAUUUGAGCACCGGGUAUCUGAGCACUGUGGAACCUGCACUUUCGCUCUACGAUAUCUGGUCACUUAUUCGUCCUUACUGGGUUUACUUCUUAGCUGCUGUUGUGAGUGCUAUUCUUGCAGCUUUUGUCAAUAUACAGCUUCCAAUUUACCUUGGAGAACUUAUCGACAAGAUGGUCCAGCUGAUCAAAGAUGAGUAUGAGCGGCGCGCCAUCACCGUAUGGGCGGAACACGCUUCCGCCGCUGGUACGGCAAUGGCGCACCGCUCAUACGGGUGCCUUAACGAUCGCCCGCCGCUCGUACGGUGA